ACCCACCCACCCCCCAUCAGCCCCAGCAACUUUUCGCCGUCGUGAGCCCAGCCCACACACGGCACUGCAGCCUUACACCACCAUCAUCAUCACCGCCGUCUCUUCGCCAAGAAGAAGAAGACGAAGCAGCAGCGCUCCCGUUUAAACUCAACUCGCCACACUUCUUGUCGGAAACUUUCAGCGAAGAGCAGCAACACCCAGCGAGAGGAGGAGACGUGACUCUCCGUACCGUGCGUGUGUGUGUGGUUUAAAACAAAAUAGUUUGUAGCGUUUUAAAUCGUUUAACGAACGCUUCUACAACUUCGCCGACGACUUAUCCGACUAUAGCUGGCAGGGGGAGCGUGUGUGUGUGUGUGGGGGGGGCCCUUCCGAAGGAAGACACACACACGCACACGUGAAGACGCGCCUGUGAAGACGCGCGCGCGUGUGAAGGCGACGCACUUUGGAUAUAACGCGCGUUUGCCGGCCGCGACGACAAAACCCAUCAAAGACCAAAUCCGCGAGAAAAACAGAUCCGGAUAAAUCGAGCAAGAAGACGUGAAGACAGGGGUGAGAGAGAGAGACACACACACACACAGAAGAAACAACACUCGCUCAAAGAACACGGAGUAAACCUCCACAGCGCACGACUUUCAUCAGCAUGGAUCCGAUGUCUGGCACGCAGAGCCCCCAGCAAGUAUUGCACGUUCGCGGCGACUCGGACAGCGACCUAGAGUCGCUCUUCAACGCCGUGAUGAACCCCAAGUCGGCGAACGUCCCCCAGCAGUUGCCCAUGAGGAUGAGGAAGCUGCCCGAUUCGUUCUUCAAGCAGCCCGACGCUACCGGCGUUGGCUGCGGCUCACAUUCACGACAAUCGAGCAGCAGCAGCAGCGUCGGCGUUGGCUGUGGUUUGACCUCAGACCACCAGGCUGUCGUUCCGUCGUCAUCCACCUCGGCCUCUUCAUCCUCCUCCUCGUCGUCAUCCUCGUCGUCGUCUUCAUCCUCUUCGUCGUCGAACUCGGCGGCCGCAGCGGCUGGGGCGCUGUCGCCUCUCAUGCCGACUCACAUCAGGGCCAAUUCGUCGCCCGCGUCGCUGGCCCUCUCGCCGGGGGUGCUGGGUUCCUUGUCGGCGGUGUCCGCUGGGGGUCAAGGGCCACCGUCAAUGCAGCAGCAGCAGCAACAGCAGCAGCAGGGCCAAGGGCAGAUUCAUCUCCGUCAGCAUUCCUAUGAUGUGGGAGACGAAGCGCCGCUGCCUCCCGGAUGGGAGAUGGCCAAGACGCAAUCCGGGCAGAGAUACUUUCUCAAAAGCCAGCUUGGCCACGAGUGAUGGCUCUCAAGGUGCAAUCGGUGGCGCAUUCGUCGUCGUGAUCCAGUGGAGACUCUAGCAGCCAAAUACUCGAGACGCACGUUGAUGUACACCAAC